AUGGAGUGGGUGAAAAGAAAGACAAGGUUCUUGAAAAGGAGGAAUGAGAAAUUGAAAUUAUCGCCUUGGUAUAUUGAAAAUGGAGGCAAGCUGUUAGAAGGGCUUAUUGCUUCCUCUAAUGAUAAGUAUAACAUUCCUUAUCGUGUCUUUACCGUUGAAGAACUUAAUAAAGCAACAAACGUCGAUUUCCCUAGUAUACAUUAUAUGCGUGAUUUAACAGGAUAUUACAUCAACGGCAUUUUUCAGCAACGGUCUAUUCUGGUGAAGAAGUUCCAAUUUUUUGGUAAUGGAGACAAAUGGGCAUCCUAUGCUGUCAACGACAUAGUAGUCACGGUGCUGAUGAACCACCACAAAAAUGUUAUGAAGGUCUUGGGUUGCUGCUUAGAUUUGAAAGUAUCUGCUAUUAUCUAUGAAAUCGGGAUCAAUUAUGGACUUCUGUUAGACCUUCUUCAUAGAAGGGAAGAGAGGGAUAAUAUUGGUAGAUCACUCUCUUGGACAUUGCCUCCCGGAGAAUCAUAA